AGCACUCAGCAGAUUCUUCUUCUUCUUCUUUUUCCUUAAGAGUGUUUUAUUUUUCUUUAGUUUUGGGGGAUCAGAUCUCCUUCGUUUAUCAAUUGUAAUGGCGUCCUGUGUUGUUGCUCCUCUUUCUGUCUCUGGUGGGUCUCAAUCUCAUCAUGUGAAAGCUAAUGGAUUGUCUACCACAAAGCUCAAUUCUAUUUGUAAACCCUCUGCAUUGACUCUCCUCAACAAAUCAAACCGGACUCGCAAGUUUUCUGUUUCUGCAGGGUAUCGAGAUGGGACUAGGAAUGGAAGCAGUGGUGAUUUCAUUGCUGGUUUUCUCCUAGGAGGUGCUGUGUUUGGCGCUGUUGCAUAUAUCUUUGCUCCACAGAUCCGGAGAUCGGUUCUGAAUGAAGAGGAUGAGUAUGGUUUCGAGAAGCCGCAACAGCCAACGUACUACGAUGAAGGUUUAGAGAAAACAAGAGAAACAUUGAAUGAGAAAAUCGGACAGCUUAAUUCGGCAAUUGACAAUGUUUCUUCGCGUUUAAGAGGUCGAGAAAAGAACAGCUCUUCACCUAAUGUACCGGUCGAAACUGACCCAGAGGUUGAAGCUACAACUUGAAGAAACAAAUAAGGUUUCCAUCUUGUCUGUGUUUCAUCUGUAACCGGAGUUAAAAAGCCAUUUCUUAAAGAUUGAUUUUGUGCUUCACUUCUUUUUCUUUUUUACUUGUUGCUUUCUGUGCUCUCAGUCCUUCUCAGUAGAACUCUUGCAAAGUGAUAUAUACGUCUAUUACUGUUUACUUAA